CAAAAUACCUAAAAAAAUACCACAAGACGUCACGUCAUACAAAAAUAGAAUCAAUGAUGGAAGUUAUUUUUGCUUGGGAUAUUUUAUUAUAACAGUAUUCCGAAGAACCGUAUCGUACAUUGAAAAAUGUGACCCAAAAUUUGAAUUUUUGACUGCCUAUAAUAUUUUCAUGCAUUGUAGAUGAUCUAAAAAGUUGUACUGAAUUAUGGUUUUGUCAAGGAAAACGUCUUAUUUAAUACUCAUAGGAAGCAAAUUUUGUCCCAGGGAAACCAGCCACUGGUUAGUAGAUCGUGAAUAUGGUGUACCUGGAAAUGAUGAUAACAGACUUGGUACAAAACAGUAAUAGUGUCACUAUCAAUGACCUGCCUAAUGAAAUACUUAUUUACAUAUUUUCCAUGAUAGAUUUUGAAUCCCUACUAGCCGUGGCCAAGGUGUGUGCUCGCUGGCAGCAGCUGUGCCUCACCCCCUGUGUUUGGGACAACACUCGACUCAUUGUGUGUAUGAAGAAUUAUAUUCGGAUCAGUGAAAGUAUUGUGCCUUUUGUAGCUAAGUAUUUGAAACAUGUUAAAUUGCAGUAUUUCAAGUUGUAUUCUCAAGUAAGGGCUUCCCUUAUAAGUUAUUGUCCUAAUUUAACUCACUUAGAAAUAAGUAUAUCGCAAGUUGAUAGUUGUAUUUUUGAUGAUCUUGGAAACUGGCCAAACUUGCGGUUUUUAAGUUUUCGAAACUCACUUAUAGUACAAAGUCCAGAAAAUGCAAAUGGUAAUUUUGUUUACCAUUUACCAUUUGAGAAACUCAAGAACUUGGAGACACUGGUACUCUCAAAUUUUGCUUUAACUCAGAAUAGUCUGUAUAGUAUGUUACUAUGCACCAAUUUAGUCAGUAUUAAUAUGGAGAAAAUGAAAAAUAUACCAGCAGAAUUUCUAGAAUCUCUUCUUAGAAGCAAAGAGUUCUCAUUAAAAGCUUUACAUAUCUAUGGAGAUACUCUGAAUGAUGACAUCAUGAGGAACAUCUCCUCGUGCAGGGCACUGCAGGUGCUGCACAUCAUGACAUGCAAGACAUUGUUUGAUUCUAGUUUAUUACACUUAUAUAGGUUAAAGAAUUUGCAUUCACUCAAACUGCGCCAUGGAUACUUUUCAACUUCAGCUUUAUUAGCUUACUUCUCCAAUAACACAUUUCAGAACUUGACAUAUUUGAGUCUAUCCAGGUGUCUGCAUGUAACUAUGCAAGUAGCUAAAGCUAUUAAAACUAGUGCCCCAAAUUUGCAGGAACUAUCAUUCUACUUAUGUCCAUUUAUUAUAACACCACAAUUUAAUAGAAAUGAGUUAGAAAAAAUGUUCAACAUUCAACUGUUGCUUGACUAGUUUAAAAAUUUGUUGUGAUAUCCGUCCAGUUGUCCACCUUUUAAACCAUAUUAUUUAUUUUUCUGAUAAAGUUUGUGACAUGAUAUCCUCCAUUUCUGUAUCCUUUGUAAAAUUUCAGAUGAAUGAUAUUUGUUGUUAAAAAAGAAAUUAAGGUAAAAAGCCACAACAAUUAUUAAAUUAUCAUUAAGGUCCCUAACUAAUGAAAAACUAUUUACACUGUAACAUUGUAAUUAAAAAAAACACUGGAGCAUUUCCAUUUUGGUAUGGUGUCAUCCUCAAUAAAGAUUGAAUAGAAUAUAAGCUGAUCCCUGUGUUCAGCAGUGAUUAAAAUAAUGUAAUUUUGAUGUUUGUUGUAAAUUACCUAUGAUAAAUUAAUAAGUAUUUUUGUUUGUGUGUGUAUUUCAUCAGUUCAUCACAUUAUGUGCUUCAGGUUGUAGUUCUGGUGGAUAUAUUGGCAUAAUCAAGUGUAUUAAGUAUUAUAUUAAAUAUAGAUUCAUAGUACUGUUAUGAUAAUGAUCAUAUUCUAGUUGUAUUAUGCAAUGUACUGUGCACAUUGCAAUAACUUUUACAUUGUCAAUUUUAAAAAGUGCCUUGUAAUUUGUAAACUUAUAAUAAGUUCUGAAUCAGAGAAACUAAUCAAUCACAAUGGAUUAAAUUCAGAUUAUUAGAGCUUAUUAAAAUGCUGCAAGUGAUAAAUUAUGUAUUAUAUCAAUCAUUUAUUUAUUAAUGUUGUAGCUGAUCAAUGUACGAGUAAAAUUUAAUGUAUUAAGGAUGAAUAUUAUAUUCAAAUAUUUACAAGAGUAUAUUUACUAAUUUAUCUAUAAAUUUUGCUGUUUAAGCAAUUGAAAAUGUGUAAUAAAUAUGUAACUAUAUUUUCUAA